AUGCUUGAAGCAAGAUCUUCGUACCAAGAAGGAAGCUUGUGGUUCUACGCGCCCAAUAAAGGCGCUGCGAUCGCGUUUGCAAUCCUGUUCGCUAUCUCAGGUGGUAUACACGGGUACCAGAGCUUCAAAUACAAGUCAUGGAAAGUGACUGGCCUCCUCCCAUGGUCAGCAUUACUUUUCACAGCAGGUUUUAUCCUGCGUACUGUCGGAGCAUUCGGUCAUUGGGACGAUAAAGGCGUCUUCAUCGCAAGCACUGUGCUUCUCUUGGCUGGACCACCUGUAUACGAAGGCGCCAACUUCUUCAUCCUCGGCCGAAUCCUCUACUACAUCCCUUAUCACUCGCCAAUCCACCCAGGUCGAGUAUUCACAACUUUCGUGGCCCUGGGUGUGGUUAUUGAAAGCAUCACCGCGAAUGGAGCCGUCCGAGUCGCAAGUUCAGACUCCACCGUUGCAUCACAAAACAUCGGCAAAUCACUACUCAAAGCAGCGCUGAUUAUGCAAAUUGCCCUGAUGGUAGGGUUUGUCACACUGGCAGCCAAAUUCCACUUCAACUGCUCACGAGGGGGUGUCUUGAACAAAAAGAUCAAGCGUGCGCUGCUGGUGCUAUAUUGCAGUUGUACGUUGAUUACAAUCCGCACCAUCUACCGAACCGUGGAGUACUUCACUGCGGCGAGUCUCAAUAUUUACGAUGACAUCAACAAUAUCAGCCCUGUAUUGAAGGAUGAAUGGUUUUUCUGGGUUUUUGAGGUUGUGUUCAUGUAUACCAACACCACUUUGUUGAAUGUUUUUCACCCGAUGCGGUCCCUGCCACGGUCAAAUAAGAUCUAUCUUGCCACCGAUGGUGUCACCGAGGUUGAGGGACCUGGGUACAAGGAUCCCCGACAUUGGCUCCAGACAUUUGUGGACCCGUUCGAUAUUUAUGGUCUUAUUGUUAACCGAGGUCAUAAAGAGAAGUACUGGGAAACAAACUCAGCCGGAGAUUCCAUGCCCUCCAAACAAGUUGUGUGA